CAGUGAAUAGUGAUAAACAAGUAAUUUAUUUUAAAAUUAAAUUUGUUUUUUUUAUUAUUACCUUCACAAGUUAACUAAUAACUUUAUUAUCCGAGUUUGGCGGUCAGGUAAAUAUAAAGUGAUUUUUCUGGCCAGCAGAUGGUCUCCAACUCGUUCACCAAAGCGGAAAUCGAAAAAUGUUUGUGUAUACAAGGUAAUCCAACGAAAUGGAAGGGGCUGUUGGUGGGAUCAUUAAAAAAGGUUGCCGAUCGAGUGCACCCUUCGUUAACAGUCAGCGACGAAGCAUUAGAAUGUGUCGAAAUGCUAGUUAUACAAAUUCUGGAGAUACUCACGCUAAGGUCAUCUCCACCACACACUGUUUACGAUAUCGAAGACCAAGUUAAACGAUGGUUUCCCAAGCCAAUAGACAAGUGGGCUAUUAAAGAUGCAAAUGAGGCUAUAGAAAAGAACAAGAAAAGACACCUAUUUUUACCGGCUGAUAAAGUUCAUAAUUUAGUGCAAAAAGAAAUACUCCAAUACAAAUUAGACUAUCCAGUGGCUCUUUAUAUAACAGCUGUUUUAGAAUACAUGGCAUCAGACAUUUUAAAAUUAGCUGGUAACUAUGUAAAUAAUAUACACCGUGUAGAAAUUAGUUACCAAGACCUUUGUGUUGCAAUAUGUGGCGAUAAAGUAUUAAUGGACUUGUUUGGCCAGCAUGACAACAACGGUGACUUAAACUUGUCUGAAUUAGGUAUUGAUAAAAUCCAGAGAACUACUACUUAUGAGGAAGUUAUAAGAGACCUAAUGCAUGAUGAACGACAACUAAUUAGAGAUUUACAUUUAAUUUUAAAAAUUUUCAAAGAAGAAAUUGAUCGUAUCAUACCCACAGGUAGCAGUCAAGAAUUGGAUAGCAUGUUCAACAAUAUUACAGACAUAUGUAAGACUACCGGAUUGUUUUUAAGUUCUAUUGAAGACAUAUUAGAAAUUGCAGAGGAUAAAUCAGCUACAGUUGGUUGUUGUAUUGAAGAGUUGGCUGAAGCCGCUGAAUUUGAUGUGUUUGCACGCUAUGCUAAUGAUAUCGUUAAAAAGCAGUGUAGGAAUAUAUUUUGGAAUUUAAUUGGUAAACCAGAAGUCUCAAAUUUACUUCAAUCAGCUGGUUAUGGUUUUAAAGAAGCAGUAAAAUAUUAUUUUCCAAAAUUAUUACUUUUACCCCUAUGGCAUUGUAUUCUUUAUUUUGAGUAUAUUAAAAUUUUACAUCAACUUUCUCCUUCCCAGCUUGAUAAAGAGUGUUUAGAACAAGUAGAAGGCAUUUUGAGACCUUUACAAUUACAAAUGACUUCAGCUGCAAAUCAAGUUAACUUACCAGAUAAUGUCAAAGAAUUUGGACUUAAAAUUAAUGCAACACCUAGACGAUUACUAGCCAUUGAAAAACUGAAUGAAAUGCAAAAAGCUAUUGAUGGUUGGGAUGGUAAAGAUAUGGGUCAAUGUUGUACUGAGUUCAUAAGAGAAGGAGUUCUUGUAAAAGUUUCAAGUGGAGGUAAACGUUGUUCAGAGCGCAAAGCCAUCUUAUUUGAUGGUGUUCUACUAUUAUGUAAAUCAAAUAGCAGAAGAACUUCUGUAUCAGUAAGCUCUCAACUUGUUGGUGGUUUAUCUGAAUUCAAAUUGAAAGAAAAAUUGUUUAUUAGAAAAGUGGAAAUUGUUGAUAGAGAAGAUACAGAAGAGACUAAACACUUUUUUGAAAUAGCCCCUCGUUUACAGCCACCAGUUAUAUUAGUUGCCAAUUCAUUUCAAGAUAAAGCUAAUUGGAUGGCUGAUUUAAUUAUGUUGAACACAAAAAGUAUGUUAGAUAGAACUUUAAAUAGUAUUCUACUCGAUGAAGAUAAAAAAUUUCCUUUACGUUUACCUUCCAUUGAAGAAUACAGAUUUGUUGAACCUGAUUCUCGAUCUAACAUCAUUUUUGAGGAAAAAGAAAAUAAUGGUGUUCCACUUAUUAAAGGUGCCAUUUUGUUGAAACUUAUAGAACGUUUGACUUAUCAUAUUUAUGCUGAUCCAAAAUUCGUAAAAACAUUUUUAACAACAUAUCGUAGUUUUUGUUCACCUCAUGAUUUGAUGGAUCUCCUAAUUGAAAGGUACAACAUUCCUGAACCUUUUGGUAUAACUAUGGAUUCAGUAAGUCUUCGAGAUGAAAAUAAACGAUUUAAAAAAGAAUAUUUAGUACCUGUUCAAUUUAGAGUAUUAAAUGUAAUUAGGCAUUGGGUCGAUUAUCACUAUUAUGAUUAUCAAUGUGAUCCAUAUCUAUUAGAUAAAUUGCAUGCAUUUUUAGAUUCAAUUAAUGGAAAAUCAAUGAAAAAAUGGGCAGAUUCUGUUAUUAAAAUAAUUCAAAGAAAAACUUCUGAAGCUCAAAAAGAAAUAACGUUUGCAUUUGAUUCACCACCACCAGCAAUUGAAGUUCAUAUGGAUUUUAAUGGAAAUGAUGAAUUUAAUAUUCUACUUGUACACCCUAUUGAGUUUGCAAGGCAAUUAACUCUUAUUGAAUCUGAAAAUUAUAGGGCAGUCAAACCUUCAGAGUUGGUUGGAUCUGUAUGGACUAAAAAGGAUAAAGAAAUAAAUUCUCCACAUUUACUCCGGUUAAUUAAACGUACUACAAAUUUUAGCCGUUGGAUUGAAAAAGCUGUUGUUGAAUGUGAAAAUAUUGAAGAAAGAGUAGCGAUUGUGUCAAGAUUUAUUGAAGUAAUGAUGGCAUUAGAUGAAUUAAAUAAUUUCAAUGGUGUCUUAGGUGUUCUCUCAGCUAUGAGUUCAGCCGCAGUAUUUCGCCUAAAAUUUACAAUGCAAUCUGUCAAUGCUAGACUUGAAAGAGCUCUGGAAGAAGCUCGAGACUUAAGUAAUAAUCAUUUUAGAAAAUAUCAAGAUAAAUUAAGAAGUAUAAAUCCACCAUGUGUCCCAUUCAUUGGUAUGUAUUUAACAAAUAUAUUACAUAUUGAAGAAGGUAAUCCAGAUUGUUUAACAAAUAGCCCAAAUUUAAUUAAUUUUAAUAAACGGAGAAAAGUGGCAGAAAUUAUUGGAGAAAUUCAGCAAUAUCAAAAUCAACCUUAUUGUUUAAAUGUGGAGCCUAAAAUAAAAAAGUUUUUAGAGAACUUAAAUCCAUUCAAUGAUAUGAAAGAUACUGAUAUUAGUAACUACUUGUAUGAAAAAUCAUUAGAAAUAGAACCAAGAAAUUGCAAACAACUUCCAAAGUAUCCACGAAAAUGGCCAGACUUAAAUCUUAAGUCACCUGGCUUAAAGACUAAAAUAAGAGUGCCAUCAGUAUCAUCCAAAGACAUGGAUGUCCAGGGUAGAAGAAAUUUUAGUUCAUCCAGUUCUCUAGUUAUUCAAAUGGAUAAAAGAGAUGCAGAUGACUCUGUCUUUUCACCCGUGACAUUUACUUUGGGUAAAAGUAAUGAUGUUCCUCCAGUUCCACCUCGACUGAGUAAAAUAGAUGGAUCAUUCAGACCCCCUAUACCACCAAGAAGAAUGGCUCCACCAUUACCUCCUAGAAGAUUACAAGUCGAAGAAGUUUUAACUUUUAAAAAAUGUGUUGUAGAUUUACCCAAACCAGAAAUUAAUCAAGAUUUCAAUUGGAACAAAAAACUUGUACCAGUUAGUCCUAUGAAAAAGUCUAUGGAUCUGAAAACAAAAGUAGAUCUUUUUCCCAAACGUAACAAUACUUUUGAACGUCUCAACGGACCACCAUUCUUUAGACCAGAAAUUAUGCAAAACUCUAGGUUUCCAUUAAAAUUAUUUGUUCUUAAAAAAACAACUCCUUCUAUGUUCCAAUUCAAUGUCUAAACGCACAAGACUAUUUUUGAUAAGCAAUAUAAAUCAAUAUAUCAAAACCCAUUAUAAAAUAAUUGCCAUGUUCAAAUUUAAUUUUAUAAAUAUAUCCAGACAAUUUAUAUUUUAGUUCACUGAAGUAAAGAUGAAAGUGUUUCAUAUAAACUUAUAAUAUGUAUUGUAAAAUUCUGGAUGAAAAAAUAUAGGUGCUUAAAUUUUAUUUCUAUUGCCUAUAUGGCUAUACACAAUUUUCUUUUUGAAAUUAUCAAAAAAAAACAAUUUUUUCAUUUACACUGAAAUUCAUUCUUUUUCCACUUUUUAUACUUAAGUUUUUAUAAUUUAGUACAUUUGAUAUAAACUAUAUUUCCCUGUUAAUAUCAUUUUUACAUUAAUUGUAACUCCAUAACACCAAUAUUUGGUCCAAUAUUAAAUAAUUUUAGAUUAAAAUUAUUAUUCAAAACAAAUUGCAUAUUGUCUGUGAUAACCUGUGUAUACUUUAAUCUUGGAUAAUUUUAUUACAAAUUGUGUAGUACCUAUUGAUUAUUAUUGAAGAUUGUAAAACUAUAUAACUAAACUAUAGACAUUUUAAAAUAUUUAAAAAUUUAUUGUGUAAGUGCUUAUAAAAUUAUUUUACUCUUAGGUAUUAGAGUAGUAUCUUUAUAUGAUAUUAGACUAUAAUAAUAAUAUGUAUUUAUAUACCAAUUGAUAUUAAUCUUUUAUAUGGAUAUAUAUGUUGAUCAAAAUCUAUAGAAUAGUUAACAUGUGUUUAUUAUAUUCACAUAGUGUGCCGUGUGUGGCAUAUAGAACUUAAUAUGGUGCUUUUAAAAUAUAAAAAUUGUUAGAAUUAUAUACCAGUUUAAUUAAUUAAUUUUAAGAUGUAAUCCAACCAUUGAUCAUAAAAUGCCUUUCUAUAUAUAUUUUAGGUUAUUUAGAAUUAAAUAAAA